GCCUCCUUUCCAUCAACAGGCAUUUCGCUGCACAGCUCCAGACACCAUUAAAAGACCUAAGAACCUGUCCUAUACCAGGGCGAAAAUGCUUCAGGGCACGUUAUAUAGGACUACGCCUCCGGUACUAUUUGGCUCGAUUGUGCUAGCUCAGUGCUAAGAUUGUAGCUGUUUGGGUCGUUUGAGAAAUCGACCCAAUAUCGCGCCUUGAAUCAUGACGCGACGAAUCAUUCGCACCAUCAGCCAGCUUACUGCCGCCUCCAUCUUCACAUUCUUCCUCGUCUUUUUCCUCGAUCGCAAUUUCCGAGUCAUCCCCAAUGCGAUCCACGAGUACAUGCCCCAGCACCAUCCGGGGCUCGUCAUAACGGACAUCGCCAUCACGCAAUGCUCCAAAUUGAACCCGCUUUCAUCCUGCAAGCUGAACUCGGAACUAUGGCAUCGCAUCGAGAAAGACCUCUAUCUUGGCAAGGGAUGGGUUUCCAAAGCAUAUGUCCACGUGCGAAGGAUGAAGGAGGAGGAGCUUACUGCCAAAGACAAAGUGGUUAUGGAUCUUCGGGUUAGUCGCUUGGAUCCGUCAACAAGUGCAAAGGGCGAGGCCGAUGAGAAAUGGGAGUUUCGCACGUUGGGCUUGUGGGUGUUGCGCUCGUCCAAGGUCCACGCAAGCGAUUCCGAGAAGGCAAUCACAGCGGUUGAUAUCUUGUUUGGCCAUGAUGCCGUGGACGCAAGAGAGGGAUGGCACAUGACCAGCUCCCCGAUAUUCCUGGAGCCCAAUUCGGACAUCCCAGCACCGUACAUCACCGUCCGAAGAGGUAGCCAGGUGGAGACCACCAAGCCUCAACCCAGGGUCAAGGACAAUGGCAAGUUCAAGAUUAUGCAGCUGGCAGAUCUGCACUUGAGCACUGGGGUGGGUCAUUGUCGCGACGCGGUCCCUGACGAAUACCAUGGGGGCAAGUGCGAGGCAGACCCGAGGACAUUGGAUUUCAUCAUCAAGCUAUUGGAAGAGGAGAAGCCGGACCUGGUCGUACUCAGUGGAGACCAAGUCAAUGGAGGCACUGCACCAGAUGCGCAGACAGCCAUUUUCAAGUACGCGGAUAUACUAAAUAAGCGCAAGAUCCCCUAUGUUGAAAUAUUCGGAAAUCACGACGACGAGAAAUCCUUGCCAAGAGCUUCUCAGAUGUCGCUGCUUGAAUCACUACCUUAUUCACUUUCCAAAGCUGGUCCUGAUGAUAUCGAUGGCGUGGGUAACUACUACAUCGAGGUACUAGCGCGUGGGAAGUCGACCCAUCCUGCCCUCACCAUCUACCUGCUGGAUUCGCACUCGUAUUCCCCCGAUGAGAGGCAAUGGCAGGGCUACGACUGGAUCAAGAAGAACCAGAUCGACUGGUUCAAGCAAACCUCGUCCAGUCUGAAGAAGAAGAAUAAGCAGUAUACUCACAUCCACAUGGACCUCGCCUUUAUCCACAUCCCGCUGCCAGAGUACACGAAUACGGAGUCCUAUUACUUCGGUGAAUGGAGAGAAGGCGUUACAGCUCCUGGGUAUAAUUCGGGAUUCCGCGACGCUCUGGUUGAACAGGGCGUCGUGAUGGUGAGCUGUGGACAUGACCACGCCAACGAAUACUGUAUGCUUUCCACUGAUGAAGACGAUCGGCCUAAGCUUUGGAUGUGCUACGGCGGUGGCGCCGGAUUCGGUGGCUACGGCGGAUACGGCGAUUACAUCCGACGCGUGCGAUUCUUUGACUUCGACAUGAACGAAGGACGCAUUACGACAUAUAAGCGACUUGAGUAUGGAGAGACGGAAAAGCGCAUCGAUGAACAAAUCAUUGUUGACAGUGGCAAAGCCCUUGCACCGACGACAGAAUGAGGCAAGUUUACAAGAUAAGAAUUUGGGAAGAAAGUGGAUUUGAUCAAAGUAGUGCAUCUCAUCAGAGCUGCCUAACGGAUGUCGAGACGACGGACAUUGCUUUAUCGAAGCUGUUCAGCUUGUUUGAAUACGCGAUAUCAUCACCUCUCGACGAUAUCACAUAUGCCAAAAGGGAAUCGCCUAUAGGAGUCUUGCAUCAACGAAAAUAGGAUUAGGCGUUUAGGACACUGAUUGAAUAUGCUCAAUAGAAGUCGACAGGGGAGUGGACAUGGCACAACGGAACUGCAUUGAAGGAUGUGAAUGGCUGCAUAGUGUAUAUAAAAAUGACGUCAGUUUCUCGUCCAGAUCUUCGGACACAAGAGAUGUUCUCCAUGAC